AUGUUGGAUUGCAGUUCCGUAGCCGAUACAUUUACGGGAACCUGGGUUGAAGUUGAAAAAGCUUUGAAGCUUUUCGAGAAGAUAUAUAUUGUGAGAGAAUCUAAAUCAAACAAGUUUGACCCACAUGAGAAGUGUGAAUCUGCUGUGCUUGUGGGUAUUUUUGGGAACAAAAAGAAACUGGAACCCCUAAAGGAUCCAAAUACAUGA